AUGCGCAAACCCUGGCCAGAGCAGCAAUGUAGACCUGAUCUUGGUUUACAGCAAGGACCUCGCCACGGACGGCAUUGCCACGCCCAGUCCUAUGAGUCAGGCUUUGCACAGAAUGAGCACUGGACCGGUUGCUUCGGAGGCAUCAAGAAUUUCUCCGCCAAGCUUAGCCCAGAGGAAGACCAGUACGAUGAUCAGGGCUAUGCAACGAACAGGCACUGGGUCUCAGGCCCCAACAUGAUCUUUAAGCACAUCGUGGAGGCCAUGUUCACUGGUGCCUUUGCCGGUGAGUACGACAGCUUCUUCUGGAUGGAGAUGGAUGCUGUUCCUGUGAUGGCAAACUGGCUGGACAAGUUUGUGGAAGAGGCUGCAGAGAUGCCUGCCAUGAACAUGGCCAUCCGCGGCAGCCCCUAUUAUGGAGCCAACUGGCUCAUGUUCUCACACAUGAUGCCAUCCUAUCUGCUGAACCACAUCAACGGCAAUGCCAUCUACAACCUGCAGCACCCGUGGACGAAGUUCCUGUUCGACACGUUCACUGCAGAAGGCAAUGCCAACUUGAUGGAGGAGAUGGCCUUCGACACCGCCUACUCUGCUAUCACCGCAGCUGCCAUGGAGGGCUCCAACAGCAUGCUCGCAGCAGCAUGGGCAGCCAGCAACGGCACGGCCAUGACCUACAGCUCUGACACCGAGCUGAUCCGCAACUUCGCCAACACCUUGCUGAACAGCAGCCACGAGAUUGGGGGGUACAUUCGCCACGGCUCGAGGAAGAACGUUUUCGAGAGCCUGGCGGGCGACAUGGUCACGCUUGGUGUUCUCGGCCUCGAUGGUGAGAACGACCGCAUGCUGAGCAGCAUGUCGACCAACCACCCGUUCAAGAAAGUUCUCAUGCUGACGCACUACCCAGUGACGAUGUCCACCCAGACCAUCGAGGCGCCAGGCGGCGAUGUGACACUGACCAUCGAGAAAGCUGACCAAGGCCCACUCAUGCACAUGUGCGAGGUGGCAGACAAGGUGACGACACCAUGGUUCGCCUUGGCAUCCAACCUGCACCACAUCAAUGCGCCGGUGAGUGUGCUCAUGAGCAUGGGCGAGCCAGUGAUGCCGUAUGUCCUGGCUACUUCGCCCUAUUGCACCAGUCGGCCUGACUGCAAAGCGGCGUUGGAUCAGGCGGAGGAGCUCUUUGGCAUCUCGCUGAACUACCACCAUGACCUGAACGAGGUGCUCUUUAAAACUUCCGACGUGACGAGCUUCUGUGCUGCCUGGAUGACUGCCGCCGGCAACAGGACUGUCGAGACUUGCGACUUGGUCUUCGGGCCCACGGCGGACGACUUCGUGGCUUGGAAAUUUGCCAUGGGCAUGAACAUCACGGGUGUGCCAAGGGACAAGACACGCUAUGGCUGGAGACCUUGGACGACCCUUUGGGCUCCGAUGCCUGUGGAUGAAAGAAGCUGCUCCACCCCAGUGUACGGUGAAACGGAGUACAUGGAGUCACUCGCCUUCAUCUCCAAUUGCAGCCUCUACGUGGAGAAUGCCUCUGCCUGCGAUGCUGAUGCCAUGUGUCAUUGGAAGCCCAUGUUCGAGACGGGCAUUUGUGCCAUGCAGUCGACGGGCACCAACAUGGUCGUGAACGUCACGGUGCCGCCAGCCGCAACCACUGAAGAGCCCACAGAUGAGCUUCUCUCUAAUGCUUAUGGGACUGUGUCCGUUUUCGGUACAGUUUUGGCUCUGUGCAGGGCAAUUGCCUGA